UCUGGUUUUUGUUGUUCUUGAACGGCCGUUUAGUCGGGUCUGUUAUCGGGUGCUGGUGCGUGAAUAAAUCGAUGCUUUUAACUUAGUGAAAGAUGGAUCAUACGGGCAAGGAAUACCGAAAGCCCAAUCCUAGGGAAUCGGCUAAUCUUUUUUCGCUUUUGACAUUUAUAUAUACGGGAAAGCUCUUCAGGAAAGCUCUGAGAAAUGACCUGGAAGAAGAUGAUCUCUACGAGGUUCUGAAAAGCUUAAACUCCGACAACUGCGGAAACAAAAUUGAGAGCCGAUGGAAAGCCGAAAAUCUGAAAGAAGAACCGUCAUUCUUUCGACUAGUUUGGUCACGAUUUGGUCGAAAGUAUCUGGUGAUUGGUUUGGUUAAUUUAUUCUUUAGGGUAUUUGUUAUAACGCUGGAACCAUAUGCCAUGAGUAGUUUAACUUCAUGUUAUAAGACUCAUAACUCCUGUACUCAAAACGACCUCUACUUCUACGCAGGAGUGGCAGUGUUCACCACAUUCGUAAACUUCAUUUAUAUGCACAACUUCAUCAUUUGGGUACAAGGCCUCGCCAUCAAAAUAAGAACGUCUUUCUGCUCCUUGGUUUACCGAAAAGCAUUGAAACUGACUCCAUCGGCCAUGAACGACAUCAGUUUGGGCAACAUUGUAACACUAAUAACCAAGGACGUUCAAGUAUUCCAGGAUUCCAUUUGGCUGUUCAACGAUAUGUGGAUAGGAUUGGUGUUGGCCUUUUAUAUGUGCUACUUGCUCUUUAUGAAGUUGGGUUGGGUGUCUCUGAUUGGGAUAUCGUUCUUGAUAGUUGUUAUUCCAGUUCAAUUGUAUAUUGGCAAAUGCAUAACAAAUCUAAGAUUAGAAAUAGGAAAGAGGACUGACGAACGAUUACAAAUUACUCAAGAAAUUCUAUCUUCAAUUAGAAUAAUCAAACUGUACACUUGGGAGAAAUUCUUUCAUAAAGAAUUUAAUGACAGAAGAAAGAAGGAAGUUAACUCUAUGCAAAAAACCUUCUACUUAAAAAUAGUUAUAGUGUGCUUUGGUAUUUUGGCUUCUAGAGUCGGAUUCUACUUUCUCAUCAUGGCGUAUAUCUGGUUAGGAUACACUCCAGACGCCCAACUUAUCUAUUACGUCAUAAGUUUAUUCUCCCAGCUAAGGUAUAUUCUGGGAGUAGUCGUUCCUAUGGGCAUGGGAAGGGCAGCAGAACUAUUUGCCGCUAUUAACAGAAUUAACAGAGUUUUGAAUGCAGAGGAGCUACAGAAGAGUAACGUUUACAACAGCCCCACAUCAAACCCUAAGUUGAAUCUUAAACAUGCCACUGUUACCAUUAACAAAAGGAUAGCCCUCCAAGAUGUGAGCAUUACAAUUAAUUCGGGAUUAAAUAUAGUCACCGGUGCAGUUGGAUCUGGAAAAAGCUCUCUGUUGAAAGCUUUUCUUCAGGAUUAUCCUUUGGAAAGUGGAUAUGUUAGCAGCGUGGGUAGAAUAUCGUAUGCUUCUCAAGAUCCAUGGCUGUUUCCAUCAUCGGUAAAACAAAAUAUUGUUUUUGGGCAAAAAUACAACGAACAGAGGUAUCAGGAAGUUGUGAGAGUCUGUGCUCUAACCUACGAUUUUAAUCUGUUCGAAAAGGGUGAUCAAACGAUUGUGGCAGACAAUGGUAUCAAUCUCAGCAAAGGACAACAAGCCAGAAUCAACCUCGCAAGAGCUAUUUAUAAAGACAGCGAGAUAUAUCUUUUAGACGAUUCUUUAACGGCUCUAGACACUCACGUGCAAGAUCAUAUUUUUAACGAUUGCAUCAAGAAGUUCCUAAAAGAAAAAAUUGUAGUAUUAGUUACACAAACUGUACAUCACAUUCAGGAAGCUGAUAACGUUAUUGUUAUGGAUAGUGGAAAAAUCAAAUCCAUCGAAAAACCUACCGAAUUACCUCUAGACAAAUUGACAGAAAUAAUUGGUAAGGAUGAUGAAAUGGAAAAAGAAGUAAUUGAGGAAACGAAGGAAGUAAAAGUUGAGAAAAAGGAGGAAGUGGAAAGUAAUGGUGAAAACGUACAAUUGCUUGAAGCAGAAGCUAGCAACAAGAAAAUCUACCACGAAGUUAAGAAGAAGGGCGAUGUCAGCUUUUCGGUCUAUAAGAAAUAUUUCAGAUUUGGUGGAGGUCUGUGCCUGUUUGGAUUUAUUGCUAUUGUAUUUAUAGCAUCUCAAGGAACGGAGACGUUUUCAGAAAAGCUUAUUGCUAUGUGGAUCGAUUCUCAACAAAAGGAACAAGACUUAUUUGCCACAAAUCAAACUGACACCGAAGAAUUCGAGCAGACAGUAUAUAAUAAAAAUUACUACAUAAUACUCUACUCUGUAAUGCUGGGAUCCUCCUCACUUCUCUUAUUGGGCAGAGCUUAUUUGCUCUUCGAUUACUGCAGGAGGGCCUCGAUAAGGCUUCACAAAGCAAUGUCCUCUACGGUGAUCAAUGCUGUGAUGUCGUUCUUCGAUACGAACUUUAUCGGAAACGUAUUGAAUAGGUUCUCUCAAGAUCUGAUAAACAUCGAUGAAUUUUUGCCGUGGACCUUAUCAGAAUUCUUUAGGGUUGGCGUAUCAGUCACUGGAAUAAUAACGAACAUUUUACUGGUAAACUGGCGUUUUGCAAUUCCGACUGCAAUCUUCUUCGCAAUCACGUAUAUUUUGCGAAGAUUGUAUUUACCGACUGGAAGAAGUUUGAAGCGACUUGAGGCAGCCACAAGAAGUCCUUUAGUAGGACACUUAAAUGCUUCACUGGAAGGUCUCACGACGAUCAGGGCAUAUAAUGCUGAAGAAAUACUCAAAUUGGAAUUUGACAGACAUCAAGACUUGUACACCUCAGCUCAUUACAUGAUGACCUGUACAAUGAGGGCAUUUGGAUUCGCUCUCGAUUUCUUCUGUGCCUUAUUUAUUACUUCGAUUGUUUCAAGAUUUGUGUUCUUCGACAAUGGUACCAGUGCUGGAAACGUCGGCUUGGUUCUCAACCAAGUGUUCAUGUUGGCAGGUCACGUGCAGUGGGGCGUUAGACAAUGGGCCGAGCUUGAAAACCAGAUGACGUCAGUCGAAAGAGCGCUGGAAUACACCGAAAUCAAACAAGAAAAACGUCAAGGAAGCAAAAUCGACGGCUGGCCAAACGAGGGCCAAAUCAAAUACGAAAACGUGUCUCUAUCCUACGGCAACAAGGACGUCCUCAAAAAUCUCAGCUUCACCGUGGAACCGAAACAGAAAAUCGGCAUUUGCGGACGGACCGGUGCAGGAAAAUCAUCCAUAAUUGCCAGUCUCUUCAGACUCUACGAAGUCAGAGGAAAAGUCCUUAUCGACGGAGUCGAUAUCAAGCACGUUUCUAUCGAGUACCUUCGACAAAGCGUAGCAAUCAUUCCUCAAGACCCUGUGUUAUUUACCGGUACAGUAAGAUCAAACAUCGAUCCGUAUAUCAUGUAUUCCGACGAAGAAAUCUGGAAACUACUUGAAAAAGUACAUCUUAAAGGCAGUAUUCUUACUCUGGACAUGCCCAUCAACGAAAACGCACCAGCUUUAAGCUCUGGACAGAGACAAUUAAUUUGUUUAGCCAGAGCGAUUAUUCGAAGGAACAAGAUUGUUGUUUUGGACGAGGCAACAGCUAAUAUGGAUCCUAAAACGGAUGCCAUGCUUCACGACGCUAUCAAAGAGAACUUUGCAGAUUGUACUAUCAUAUCCAUCGCACACAGGUUGCAUACUAUCAUAGAUUCAAACAAAAUUAUGGUUUUAGAGAGAGGAGAAAUAAAAGAAUUUGAUUCUCCGGCAAACUUAUUGUCAGAUAAAUCUAGUAUGUUCUUUAAAAUGGUCGAGCAGGCUGGUAUUACGAUAUAAGAACGUAUAUUUUUAAUUCAAAAAGUUAUAAAUUGAGGUUAAAAAUCUGGAUCUGAGCAAAGUAUUAAGCCAAAUGAUGAAGGAAGAACGUCAAACUAUAUGCAAUGUACUGAAGUAUUGUAAAAAUUCAACCAAGAAGUUUAAAAAGUUAUAAGUAUAAAAAUGAACAUUUGUGUUGUAAUAAAGUGGUCUAUCGAAUAAAAUAUAUAAAUUUAAUAAAUUUUUUUCUGUGAAU